CGUUGCCGUCCGUCCGAUAUUGUUAUUUGUUGUCAAGUGUUAUUGUUUUGCCCCGACGGCGACGUCGACUUUCCCGUUGGGAUCUAAGUUGCAAUAAAAUAUUUAAUAUAGGUAUUAUACUUGUUAUAUAUAUAUGUAUAUACGUUGCAUAUGAUAUGUACCGGUGAAUAUGUGUGUAUAUCUAAUAUCUAUGCUAUAGUCGCAAAAUCGCACGUCGUCGGUUGUUAGUGUUGCGGUGUGUUUAUUCUUCUUGUGUCAAGAAAUCUUCAGAAAAUGUAUUCUACGCUACUUAAUGUGUAGAUGAUCCACUGACGCUUCUGCAGGGACAAAAUGUCAUUCAUGGUAAAGAAGAAACGAUAUAAGUUUACUGUUAAUCUUUGCCUAGAAGAUUUAACAGCCGUCCCUUUUGUCAAUGCUGUAUUGUUUGCCAAAGUUCGUUUACUGGAUGGCGGGAAUUUCAGUGAUACUUCAUCCAGAGAGGAGGUUCGAGAUCACACUGUUCGAUGGGGUGCUACAUUCGAGUUCGUCUGCAAGAUGAGUGCCAACGCGUCCACCGGAAUAUUGGAUCCAUGUAACCUUCGGAUAUCUGUUCGCAAAGAACUGAAGGGCGGUCGUAGCUUUCAAAAACUCGGUUUCACCGAUGUCAAUUUGGCUGAACUGGCUGGAGCUGGGUUGAGUUCUAGGCGCUGCCUGUUGGAAGGGUACGACACCCGACACCACCGACAGGAUAACUCGAUGCUGCGCAUAUCCGUGUCUAUGAAUAUGUUAGCCGGAGAUGUAUUGUUCAAAGUGCCAACGUCCGCCUUAAAUCAAAAACCCACUACUAAUGGUGAUAUCCCGCAACGCGAAGAUACCGAAUACCCUAGCAGCGGAUUCGGCAGUCUGCCGAAUACACGAUCGUUGUUUCCAUCAGACAUUCCAUCCAUGAGCAGUGGUUUAGAAAAACACGACGUCGGGUCUGAGUCAAAUCAAAAUCAUUCGGAACAAUUAGAAGACGACGCGAUGGCGGUGACUCACGACAACCCUGCUGCGCCCACUGCCACUAAUCACGUGACCGGUUCGAGUGGGCAUUCCCGUAACUCAUCGAACACUAGUAAAGGCUCUAGUUCUCACAACUCUCAUUCGAGACACAGCAGUUCCGGUGACAGUGGGCACGUUCGGUCGCCGUCCUGGCCUGUGUGGUCGCCUAGUCUGUUGCCGCCGCCGGCCACCCCGCCACCGUCGCCACCACAUCAACAUCACCCACAGCAGCCCCCCACUACACCCUUGUGGAGCAGCCCUCGAUCCAGAUUCUGGUCGCUGCGUCAGGCCAAACACCAGCAGCCAUCACCUCAAGUGUGCACCCAUCAAGACGCGUUCCGGACGCCGGACAACAAGCACGGCGGAGGGUUCCGGUUCCCGCCGUGGUCCGGUCCGUCGCCCCGGACCAAUUCGUCGCCUGGUCUGAUGCCCCUGACCCCAGAUUCCCCUAAUAGUCUGACGUCUAGUGGCACGGCGAUAUCUGCAUCCCAAGCGUCGCCUGUACUCAGCGGUGUGGAGACCGGUUCGUUGGAUCGCGGCAAGGCUGCUCUUGAACGGCGUAAUAAGAAGUCGGUCGCGACGGGCGGCAGCAUCAUCGACGAUAGUUGCGCAAAGGCCACCGGGCGUGUAGAGGUGACCAGGGUUAACCCAGACAGUCUUAUUGACCAGCUGCUCAGGGCAACUAACUUGGACGAUCAUUCGGCUGACGAGGAAAACAAGCACAGAUCGGGGCUACAGUUGUUCAUAGCCAAAGACGGUACAACUACGCUCGGCAGUCAGGAUGUCAAGUGUCACAUGUCUAACAGUUUGUUUAAACAGGUGGUGAUGGAAGACAAUAGAUAACGCCUAAAGUGUGUAAAUCUACGAUUAUAUUUAUUUAAGUAUUCACGAGCUUAACGCUUUUUUUGUUCUAUGAAAAAGCUUACUUUGACUGAACGCCCAAAUGCCCAAUACAGUUUGGUCGUGGUGCUGCUUUCCAUUCGUCGCACGGCACAUGCAUUGCCACUAAUAGUCAUACUAUUACAGAUCUACUGUUUUAAAAUGCCACCGUCGACGUUGUUAUCUAUUGGUCCGACCCACAAAGUUUUAUAUAUUUAUUAUACACACAUCCAAAUUAUAUAAAAUUUCAAUUCUUUUACAAUAUUAAUAUAUAUUAAUUUAUGUAUUGUAUAAUGUAUAUUGUUAAGUGUUGCUCUCAUCAUGUGACAUACAUUAACAAUCUGAAAAACCAUAACACUGUUAAUUAUAUAUUUUGGUGUCUGGAUUAUAUUGAUCCUUAUGUAGCUUGUUAUCAAGAAUUCUUAUAUUUUUUAUUUCUCCACGUAUCAUCGUGUCAUGUUAAACAGUAAUGUAUUCGAGUAUUCGACAGUCCAUCGUGUAAUAAACGAUUAAGUCACAAAAUAAUGUUCCUAUAAAAGUUAUAGACGUGCGCAAUGACAUUAUCGUUGACAUCCGUUAUCAACUAUAUAAUAUAUUUUAAUAACAUUAAAGUGAAAUAUAUCAUGAUAUCCUAACUGUUGUACAUUCAUUGCACGCCACAACUAUUUCAAUCGUUUUCGCCCAAUGGACUUUGCUAUGGGACGAUUAAGACUCCCUAUAUAACCUCGUCAAUUUGGAAACGAUUUUCAUUUCAUUGUCAUAUAUAUUUAUAUUUAUUUAUUUUUUGUCAUUAUUAUGAACAACACCAUUGAUCUCUCUCAGAUAAAUUAAUCAGUGAAACAUCCAGUCACGUCAUUAAUUACGCACCGCAUAUUAUAUUGUAAUACGUAAGCAUUAUCUUGUAUUAUUAUUUAUUUAUUGUUUUUUUUAUUUUUAAAUGGUUUGAAAGCCGCUUUAUUGCACUGAAAAUUAAAAAAGUGAUUUGGUCAAUUGUAUUAAAACAAUUAAAAAUUAUUAUUAUUAUUAUUUUAUUUUUUGACAAUUUUAUUAUAUCUUUGUCUUGUGUUAUUACUUAUUAUUAUUAUUUUUUUCUGUUUGUUGAGCUCAAAAUGGACUAUACGACUUGAAAUAAUCAUUGUUGUUAUUUACUUAUAAUAUACGUCAUUAUUAUUAUUUUAUUA